AUGGUGACGAUGUUGCCUCCUCCUCCUGCUGCUGCACCGCUGGUUCCAGGUCCUUCCGCCUCUCCUGACGUCUUGGAGCAUGCUCUUUCUGAGAUGACCCGGCUGCGAGAAGUUCUUCAGGGCGCUGACUCCCACCUGGUAGCCGGGCGCUUGGAGCUGGUCUCCGGCUGGUUUCACUCAGACGUGUCUGUGCAGGCGGCGCUAAGCCAGGCCACGGCGACCUCUGAGAAGGACAAGCAGGCCGCCGCCCAAGCCACGGCUGCUCGCGAGGUGACGCUGAAGGAUGUCAAGGCUGUCCAGGAUCGCUGCCAGUUGAUGGAGGCCGAAUUGAAGACUCUGCACAACGAGCGUGCGGAAGAAGCUCGUGGCCGCAAGGCGGAGGAGGAGAAGAUGAAGGCCCGGGAGGAUGCCAUCAAGGACCGCGACGCCGAGUUGGAGCAGUUGGCGAAGGCACAGGCCGCGGAGCACAGCCGGCUGGAGAAGCUGGAGCAGAAGGUGGAAGCGGUGAAGGCCGAACUUGAUGCCAAGGCGAAGGUUCUGGCUGAGGAUCGUGUGUCCUUCGAGCUCCUCGAGGAGAGGUCCCGCGUGGCACUGCAGGAAGUAGUGAUCAGCAUCGGCCCCAUGGCAGAGGCAGAAGCCCGCGUUCUUUCCUCCGCCGCGUUGACGUGCGUCUUCAGCCACCUCCAUCUUCGUGAUCCCACCACCGACCUCGACGAGCUGCUGGAACCUGUGGAUGGUGAGCGCUGCAUAGCUGCUGCCGAGGCUGUGAAGGGCUAG